GUCGUUGCCAGCAACCAACGUACACAAUUUUAGCACCGAGUAAAUGCCAUGUUUGUCAGUGCAGUCACUCGGAGGCAGAUAAAAGUGGUAUCAUAAGCUGUGAAUUAUGUGUGUUUUAUAAAGCUGCGGUUUAACGGGCCGCUGUUUUCUGUCGGCAUGAAUAUCGGAGAUGGUCUGCUGUUUGAACUAGAAAAUGGAAAACCUCGGUUGAUUUUACUGAGUCAUGGGGCUGAGAAAAAUGCUGCAAAGCAGCCGUCCUUCCGGCCCAGAGCAGCAAACAUCCUGAGCUCCAGGCAGCCGUCCUGCGUAGAGGAGGUGCAUGGAGAGGAGCGUCGACCCCGACAGCCGGCAGGGAGGUACCAGGAGGCCAGGAGUAAAGCCAGAAGAGCAGCUGCCUCCUUCAGCUCCAACAUCACCACUGCUGAGGGGAGGAGCACCACUCUGACUUUAAGCAAGACAAACGAUCAUCACAAAGGGGGCAGCAGUAAAGCGGUGGCCAAGGUAAGAGUCAGGUUAUCCUCUGUGAAGCCAGACAGACAAAAACACAGCGGUACAGUCGGACCCCUCAGAGUCGAUGGGAAAACAGGACCGGCCCAGAACGUCCGGACUGGAGGUGGUGGAAAGGCGGGUCUUAAGGAAGCACUGACCAGUUUAGAUGCAGGACUGAAAGAAAACAUGGUGUGUCUGACCAGUGAGCAGCUCCAGCAGAUCCUCAACACUGUCCAGACCUCCAGCAAUGGUCAGCACCUACCAGAUGACCACCAAGGACCAGGAAAUCAAACUCAAAACUCAAACUGUGGCCCCUCGAUGACUGAAGGAGAAGGAGGAGAGAUGGAGAAGGAAGACGGAGGAAGAGAAGAAGAAUUACAGAAAGGAGGAGGAGAAGAUGAAGCACAAGAAAAAGACAGAAGGUUGUCUGGAUGUCUGUUCAGCUGGAUGGAGUCGGACAGCAGGGUGGCCGUCGACGCCAAGAAGGCUCAAUGGAAGAAAGAACUUGAUGAACAGGUGGCUCUAAAACAGCAGCAGCAGUGUUCAGCCCCUGCAAGACUUCAGGCGGAGGAGGAUGCAGACAGCGUGUUGUCAGUCCAGAGCUACGUCAGCCACAGAGAGCAGCCUGCUGCCAUCAGAUCCAGCCUCAGACUCGGGGAGGUGACUCCAAUGGAGGAGGCGCUGAGUGUGGAGAGGAAAGAAGAGCAGAGGAGGCGCUGGUUGGAGGAGCUGGACCAUCAGCGAGAGGAGACGACUGAACGCAGGAGGCGGGAGAAGCUGCUGCAGAGCCAGACACAGGAUGUCGCACUCUGGGCCACUCACUUUGACUCGCUGCAGAGAAGGCCUCUCGUCCAUCCGGCAGCUCCAUCAGCUCCGACUCCUGCUCAGUUCAGCAACUGUGAGCGAGGGGAGUGGGAGCCGUCCAGCCUGUCCCUGCUGUGGGAGGCCAUGAGCAGCUGUGGAGCAGAGAGUGUCGGGAGAGUCAGUGUGGAUCCAGUCAGCGGAUACCCGACCAGACCCAGCUAUCUGAGGACCAUGACUUCCCUGCUGGACCCCGCCCAGAUCGAGGAGAAAGAGAGGAGGAGGCUCAAACAGCUUGAGCAGCAGCGAGCGAUCCAAGCCCAGAUGGAGGAGCGGCGGCAGCAGAGGGAGCGAGAUCAGGUGAAGAGGAGGCAGGAGGAGGAGGCGGAGGAGAGGAGGGUGAUGCUGGAGAGGGAGAUGCUGCAGAGACAGUACGAGAUGGACACACUGAGGGAGAAGCAGAAGGAGCAGCCAGUUCACCAAGCAGAGCAGCCAAAGAAAGGACAUGAUGACGGUGGACUGCAAGAGACGCUGGAGCCCAGUGUUCCACAACAGGCUGGGGACUUGAAAGAUUCAGCUGUGGCAUAUAAAGACUCUGCUGUACAAACAGCACAUCGUACCCAAAGAUAUUCCGCUACAGCAGCAGAUGCAGUUCUGUCUCUCACAGCAGACAGAGUUGAGACUCCAGUCGUCUCUGCACAGUACCAGCUGCCUCCUCCUCCUCCUCCUGCUCUUCCUCCUCCUGCUCUUCCUCCUCCUCCUCUUCCUCCUCCUCCGCCCACCACUACUCCAAACAGCAAGAGCCGAGCAGCGAGAACAGAGAAGGAGAACAUCUGUCUACCAGCGGGAGGAGACCCAUACGAAGCGUUCGCCAGGAGAGACAAGAAGAGGCCAGAGUGGAACACACAGAGGCCCAGUCGUCGGUUUGUCCCUGCCUCGGAGCGUUACCCGGUCGCUUUGCAGAGGAACCGCCAGGAGAGUCGACUGAAGAGGCAGGCCGAGCUGCUGGCUCUGCAGGAGAGGACCUGUCUGUCCAGGACCGGCCCACCUGUUCAGAACCAGGAGUCUGGUCCCUGCCCCAAACCCUCACAGACCAGAACCAGUCCAACCAGGAAGGUGGAAAACGAUUCCAGCGGACAGAGCAACUCUACAGCCGUCAACACUGAAAGGGGGCGCUCUCCUCCUGUCCCUGCAGUCAGACACAGAGUGCAGAGUCUGCAGGCCUCCACUCCUCCUCCUCCUGUCCUGGAGUUCGUUCCUUACGUCAGGACUGAUGAAGUCUUUAACAUGGACCCUCUGGAGCCUGCUGGCACCCCCCCACCUCAGGCACACACAGGAGCUCCUCCUGCACGUCAGAGUGCAGCGUCUCCUCCUGCUGCUCCUCAUCGAGACCCUCUGCUCCACCCAGAGCUGCUGCGUCCCUCACACACCCAGCGGCAGCAGGAGAUCCUCAGAGGCCUGGCUCAGCUGCGACAGGGUUUACUACAGAAGCAGAGGGAGCUGGAGACAGACCUGAAUCCUCUGCUGAAGCGCCAUGACAACCCGCGCUGGUCGCCCUCGACAACACACCGCAUGUGACCUCUGAGGCUGUUUUCCAGGAGGAAUAUUAACAGUCAACAGGCAGCCGUGUGAUGUUUCAAUCCUCUGAAAUGUCGCACUAAUAAAUAAAAAACAUAAUUCUAAUGCAUUUAUUUUGAAAGUGUAACAGACCUUUUACUGACUCCAUCUGAGAUCUCCUUCAGCAGAAACUUGCUGUCUGGCCUCAUCAUCCCUCCAUGUGAUGCCUCAGAGCCACAACAGAAACACAGCAGCUUAAAACCAACUAGAAAUCUCCUUGAAGUUUGACUAUUUCACAACAAACACCUCAGUGUUUCCUUUAAAUCUGCUGUUUCCUCUUACAGGAUAAUGACAGACUGAUGUUUGACCUGCUGCUCCCUGAGCAACACUUGAUGUGAAGCUUGUAUUUUCAGCAUUGAUGCACUUUCUAUGCGAAUGAACCUGAGUUUGAACGUGUUUCCAGCAGAGAAGCUCCAUCAGAUAGUUUGAAUCAAGAAUGAAAUGUGGUUUAUUUCAGUUUCCUGCUGUUCCUGGUGCUUCUGUGUCAUUUUGUUGUAUUUUGUAAUUAUUCUGUAUUUGUGUAUUUUUUAUUUAUUUUGAAUGUAAUAAACAAUCUAAAGUGGA